GGGUUCUGGGCAUUCUACGGAAGCUCGCCAUCUUUGAAGACGGCCAGUCGGAGGCGUUUUGUUUUUCUUUGUUCACACUUAUAACAUAACCGAUACGCCUACGCUUUCGCAUCUCUUGCAAAAAGACAGGUACGACCAGGGACAUUGAUGCGCAACUCGAAGCGUAUGCGCUCCCCGGGUAUCUGGCUCGAUGAGUACAGCUGGGAAGAGAGAAUGGAGUGUCGUAAGAGAAAGAAACAAGAUUCGCACAGCAGUGAAAGAGAAAACAAGUCGAGAAGAACUCACUUUCACCAAAAGAUGUGUGAUGGGCACUAUUUGGAGACCCGCAGUUUGAACCAGGGGCUGGACUCUCGGGAGGGAGCAACCCGGGACCACAGUUUGGGCAUGCCGUGUGAGGAUGCCAACCAUGAAAGCACCUGCAAGGACAGAGACCGUGACUGGCACCACUACAGCAAGUCAUCCGGGCGCAGUGGUCGGAGCGGGCGCAGUGGUCGGAGCGGGCGCAGCGGGCGAAGCAGCCGCAGACAGAGAGACAGAAGGCGCAGACGUAGCCACUCUCGCCACGGGUCCUCCACGAGGAGGAGCCAACAGCGCAGGAGCAGGAAAAGAUCCAGGAGUGUUGAGGAUGAUGGCGAGGGUCACCUCAUCUAUCACAGUGGAGACAUGCUGAGAGCGAGAUAUGAGAUUGUGUGUACUCUAGGAGAAGGUGCCUUUGGGAAGGUAGUCGAAUGCAUUGAUCACUCUAAUGAUGGAGCUCGAGUGGCUCUGAAGAUCAUUAAAAACAUAGACCGCUACCGUGAGGCGGCUAUGUCUGAGGUAGAGGUGCUUGAACAGUUGAAGUCCCUCGACUCUGAUAAGAGAUAUGCUUGUGUACACAUACUGGACUGGUUUGACUACCACGGCCACAUUUGUAUUGCCUUUGAACUGCUUGGCCUCAGCACCUAUGAUUUCCUCAAGGAAAACAAUUUCCAGCCGUUCCCCAUAGAACAAAUCAGGCGCAUGGCGUACCAGAUCACCCGGGCUGUGCGAUUUCUGCAUAACAACAAGCUGACUCACACAGACCUGAAGCCUGAGAAUAUCCUGUUCAUUGAUUCAGACUAUCAUAUGGAGUACAACCCUGACAUGAAACGGGAUGAACGGACAUUGAAGAACCCAGAUGUGAAAAUUGUGGAUUUUGGUAACGCCACAUAUGAACACGAGCACCACACCUCUGUGGUGUCGACCCGUCACUACCGCGCUCCCGAAGUCAUUUUAGAUCUGGGCUGGGGCCAUUCCUGUGAUGUCUGGAGUGUAGGCUGCAUCCUCAUUGAGUACUACCUUGGAUCUACUCUCUUCCAGACUCACGACAGCAAAGAGCACCUUGCUAUGAUGGAGAGAGUCCUGGGCCCCAUCCCCCCAAACCUCCUGCAGAAAACCAAAAAAAGGCGGUAUGUUCACCGAUCCAAGCUUGACUGGGAUAAUAACAGCUCUUCUGGGAGAUAUGUCAAGAAACACUGCAAACCCCUCAAGCAUUACAUGCAGUCUAAGGGUGAAGACCACUGCCAGCUGUUUGACCUGAUAGAGAAGAUGAUGGAGUAUGAUCCAGCUAAGCGCCUCAGUCUGGAGCAGGCCCUCCAUCAUCCCUUCUUCUCCUGCUUCCGCAAGAGCAGCAGCAAAAGCACCAGCAGCAGGAGCAGCAGCAGGAGCAGCAAAAAAGACUGAUCGCCUGAAGCUGUUGACCUCUGACCUGUUACCCUGGUCAGGGACCGACUGUCACUAUGAUGUCCAUCAUGGUGUGAGUGCCAGCCUCUACUUCCUGACUCUCCAGGAGAGGAGUACCUUAACUGACUGUAUCAGUCCACUGCCCUGCUUUGCUGUUUCCUGUCCUAAGCCGGUGUGUUUCCUGUUAGUCCUUCGCUCAUCAACAAGUUAUGUUUUGAUCUCUGGCAUGUUUUGAUGUAAUGAAUCCUCAAUUGAUUGAUUUCUAUUUAUUUGCCAUUGUAAUUUAAUUUGUAUCUCUUUAGCAUAUACUGGUGUAGCUGUUUUUUGUUUUUUUAUAUAUAAUUCAUGAAUAGUCCUUUUGUGUCCAUGUUUUUUCUCUGCAUUGUCAACAUGGUGAAGGGGGUUGUUAUUGCCUGACCUGCGUCAGUCUCACCAGUAAUAAUUUAUUCAGCACUGAAGAGAGAAAAAAAAAGCUAAAGCGGGCAGAAUAUCCUUGUACAUAAAAUGUGUUCAGAUGUUGUUGUUUUUUCACCAAGUGGUUGUGUAACUUUUGCAGUAUCAUGUACAUUUUUCUCAAUAAACGUGAAUAGA